AUGCAUCCUAACAAGACGCUCAUCUAUAAGCUCUACACGCCGCAUUCGCCGGUUCCCGGGGUGCAUUUGACGGUCGAGUCCCGCCCGUUCGACGAGGACGCCGCUCCGCCUCCUGGAGGUAUUACGGUUCAGAACAUGUAUUUAUCUCUCGAUCCUUACAUGCGGGGCCAGAUGCGUCUGCCGACGGAGGGGGGCACUUAUUCUGCGGCUUGGGUAGAAGGAGAACCAGCUGUGCUCACCACGCUUGCUGCGGUGCUCAAGUCCGACAACCCGCGAUUCAAGCCGGGCGACGUCGUGUUGGCCAUGGCUAACGCGGGCGAGUAUGCCGCCGUACCGGCAGAGCUGGCAAAUAUAACUCGUCCAUGCCCUCCUCUCCCGUCGGGAGCGACGAUCUCUCAUUCGGCAAUACUCGGCGCGCUUGGCGUACCGGCUUUGUCGGCAUAUAUCAGCUUUUUCGAGCUCGUGCCGGAGCCUCGAUCGGGGAAGACUUUUUGGGUCUCGGCGGCCACCGGCGGCGUAGGCCAGGUGGUGGGGCAGCUAGCCAAGAUGCACGGGAUGAAAGUUAUCGGCAGUACCGGAAGCUCCGAGAAGGUUGAUUUUCUAGUGGAUGAGCUCGGCUUCGAUGGGGCGUGGAACUAUAAAGAGGAGACAACCAGAGACGCGCUGGCACGGCUGGCACCGGAGGGUAUAGAUGUCUAUUACGACAAUGUAGGAGGCGAGCAGCUCGAGACUGCUUUGACGGCGAUGAAAGACUACGGGACCAUAGUGGCGAGCGGGAUGAUGUCGCAGUAUAAUCUCCUCGACGAGGAGAAGUAUGGCAUCAAGACGGGGAUGAACAUCUUUCUGAAGCGCCUCACCAUCAAGGGGUUCGUCUGUUCCGAUCCGCAACACAUCAGCAAGUACCUGGAAUCCUUCACGACGGAUAUGAUCAACUGGGUCGCCGAGGGGAAGAUCAAGACUAAGGAGGCGGUAGUGGUCGGGAUCGACAACGCGCCGGUCGCGUUUGUUCAGAUGCUGCAGGGGAAUAAAUUGGGAAAGACGGUAGUCAAAGUGAACGGCGACUAA